AUGGCUGAAAAAAUUACGAGCAUCUCCCAAGGUGAUGGAUUCAAUCCGAAUGACGUAAAAUAUAAGGCUUGUUGUUGUCAUUCGAAAACUUUUACGAUUAUUGUGGGGAUCUUGGAAAUUUUUACAAUUUGUUUUAUUCUAGUUGCAGGUUUGUUCAAAUACGUGAAUUGCUUGAAAAGCCAGAGUUUUCUGGACUAAUUUAGCCUAACUUGCAGAAAAAUAUGGCCUGUAGAUUUUCGAAUUUUCAGGGCCAAUUUUCAGAUCAUUACUUGGCUUAUUCAGGUUUGAGAAACUCUGAAAAUUUCAAGCUUCAGAGUUUCAGGUUAAAAUUAGGCUUAUUCAGGCCCGAAAAAAUUCAAAAAUAUUAGUCCGUAUUCAUGCUCUAAAAUUCUGAACUUGUAGACUCAAAACCUAGGCUAUUUCAAGCCGAGAACAUCCAAUUUUACAGAUUUUUUGGGCUCAAAAUGUCAAAACUUCAGGCCAAGAAACUAGGUUUUUCAGGCUCGAAAAACUAAAAAUUCUUCAACAGAGGCCUAGUGAGGUUCCAAAAUAUUCAGGCUUUGAAAAUCCGUAAUUUCAGACAAAAAAUUAGACUAAUUAAGGCCGGAAACUUCCAUGUUCACAAUUAUUUUUUGGCUAAAAAUCUCAAAACUACAGACCAGAUAACUAGGCUUAUCCGGCCCCAACAAGUCUGAAUUUUCAGGCCUUAUUUAGGCCAAAAAGUCAACAUUUUUAAAUCCAAUUCUCACAAUCAAUCUUUUCAGUUCUACCCGACCUGAAUUCUCGAAUUUGUGAAAAUUCUGGAAUUGACAACACCAAUUCCACCAUCAUCGAUCCUGAAGAAUAUGAAGAAUAUAAAAGAAAGUGAGUUCUUCUCAAAACUAGAACUGAAAACUAUGUAACUGGAAAUUACAGCAGCACCGAUAUUCGAAAUAUUGUUUUUAUUCAUAACAUACUUUGUAAAGUGAAUAUUUUAUUUUUGAUUUGGGCAAUUUUGCAAAUUGUGGUCAUUAAUAUGAUGUUUUAUGGGAUUAAAACGAUUCGUUUCAUACUUUUUAUACCGCAUUUAAUUUUUCGGUGAGUUUUGGGGGGUUUUGUGUGAUUCCAGAUUCCCUCAAAAUCUUUUCCGAAAGUGUUCCAAGCAUGUUUUCCUCCGAAGUUUUGUGAUCAACGAAAUCAACAGAAACCAAUCAAAUCUUAGUGUCCGAUCAAAUUCAAUUUUCAACAUCACUUUUCGAGUCAGGAAAAUUGUAGUCAAAGAACUUCCUUCCAACUUAUUGAUUUUUUAUUUUCAAUUUUCCCAAAAAAAAAUAAUAAUCAAAGUUCAAUUUCCGUUAUGCAAAUUAAUUUCCCUAUAACCAAUCAUUAAAAAUCGUAUAUUUAAAAAAAUCAGGAAUUGGUCGAAAAAUAACCUGGAUAUUGUACAAAAUUCAGUAUGAUUUUCAAGAAAUGUCAUUUUCUUGCGAAACCUUUUGGUGAGGUCAAAAUUAGCUGACUAGACAUCAUCCUGAAUGAGAUCUGAGAACAGCAGUGUUCAAAAAUUCAAAUCUUAAUUUUGCAAAUUGAAAUAUAUCGUUACCAGAGCACAAUCUGUUGAAAACUUUUUUGAAAAAAAUCUAGAAAUCAGGCUGGACGUCUAAAAAUCGUGUUUUUCUUGCAAAAAUGAUAAAAAAUUAGCUUAUGACGUUCAGAAAUUGUGAUUUUCAAGAGGAACUUUUUUUGAGUAGACUUGAAAAUCACCCCGACAUUUGAAAAAUCAGGAAAAUUCCAAAGAGACCAGUGUUCUUCCAGAUUUGGCUGCACUGUUCUUCUUGGCGUCAUUCAAACCUGGAUCAUAUUUAUUAUAAGUGACGGUCAUGUUGAGGCAGGUCCAUAUGUCACAACUGCUUGUUUUCUAUCAGCUAUGAUUGGAUUCUGGUUAUAUGCAACAUGGAUUGAAAUCAGAUGUGCUCAUUUCAUCAAACGAUCAAAAGAUACUGGAUUUAGUAUUAGUGUUGCAAGACCGAUUGCUCCAGCUACUGUUUCGCUUAGUGAACGAGAAGGACCACAGCCGGUAUUUAAAAUAUUCCAAAUGGAGUUGCCUAAACGAAUUUUCCAGAUCCCGAUCCGCCAACUCCCACCACUUCGCCACCCAAGACCGCAAUAUGAACCAUCACCUAAUAUCACUCUGCCAUCAUCUACUCUUACUACCAGUUUUUCCACACGGAAAAUUGAGGAUUGA